UGGGUGUUUACGCCUGGAGGCUGCCCCAGACCCCCUUCGGCGCCCCGGAGCCCCCCGGAGCCCCGGCGCCAGGGCCCCGCAGCCUUGGAGCAGCUGAUGGCGCGGCAGCCGGGGCGGGCGCUGCGGAACCCCGGGCGCAGCUAGCGCGGGGAAGGAGAGCUCCUCCCCCAGCCCGGCCCGCGGACCCAGGGCUCCUCUGGCUGGUCGCUCCCUCCGGUCCUGAAGGUGGGGCCCAGGCCUGGGUUGCCAUGGAUACCGUGUCCCUAGAGCACCAGAUCCAGAGCGUGCAACGCCACAUCAGCUUCCUGAAAAAAGAGCAGAUGGCCCUGCUGCGAGACCUGCACCUGGAAAUCCUGAGGCUGCAGAAACGCUGCUCAGAACUGACCCACGACCUGGAGAUGCGAGAGGCCCAGUCUCACCAGCAAGAGGCGGCGUCGCGGGAGCUAGAGAGCAGGUGCCGGGAGCUGGAGUCGCAGCUGGCAGAGCGGGCGGCGGCCAACUCCGAGCUGCGGCGGGAGGUGGCGCAACGCGAGGCGCUGGUUUCGGCGCUGCGCUGCAGCCUGCGCACGGAAGAGCGCCGCUUCCUGGAGGAGCUGCGUCGGCGCAGCCACCGCGCCACCGUGCUGGGCACAGAGCUGCAGAAGCACACCGAGGCGGCCGCCUACCUCUCCUGCCAGCUGCACGCCGCACGCCAGAGACUGCAGACACCGCGCCCGGGCCCCAGCGCAGCAGCUGAACCCCGACCCCGCCGGCGCGCCCAACGGGCUCGCCGCGCGCCCGCUACGGAGGCCGCCGCCAAGGGCCCCUCCGGCCGGGACUGGGCUUCCUGGGACCACGCGGCCUGCACCUUGGACGACACCGAUCCUAUGCCCGACCCCGCGCUCUUCCUCUACGCCCGGAGGCCCCCGCGGCCCAGCGGCCGCAGCCCGCGCCAGCCGCCACCUCAGGAGCCCCCGGACCAAGCUGACCCACCGCCUGCGCCCAGCUCGCCCAGUGCGCCCGGGGCCCCGGAGUAGGGGCGGCGCUGGCGGGGCGGUGGGGAGUGGGAGAGGUCGGACAGGCUAGGGAUGUAGCCCGGUCCUUGCAGACAGGGCCUGGGGGGCCGAGGGAGCCGGUCCCUCCUCCAGGCAGGGGGCCGCGGCAGCCCCGGCUCCUCCAUCCCUUCCAGCCGCCCCCAGCCUUUUGUAUUUCCCAACGUUUCCGAAGCUUCGAGCUCUCCCCUUACGCGAAGGAGCUCCAGGAGUGCACCUUUUGGGUAGAGGACUCGCAAUACUGAUCCCCACCCUGCCACUGGGAGGGGAGGGGCGGGGUUCACGCCCUAUCCCGGGAAAAUUGACAAUCGUUCGGCGGGAAGGGGGAGGCUGGUCUGGCCUAAGGAAAGGAACCGGAGUGGCACUUAGCACCCCUAGGCCUUCCAGCUGUACCCCUCCCCGUCCCCAGCCCCACCCCAGUCCCCUGCGGCCUCCCAAAUCCCUGCAUCGCUGCCCUUCCCUCCAAGCCUUCCUCCUAGGAGAGGCUCGGGUUCGGGGGCUAGAGGCUGGACCUUUCUCCUCGGAGCCGUUUCUCCUUCCCUUACCCCGCUAAUAAGAUCCUUACAGGUGAGCACCUAACACUUUAGAAGACACCUCCUCCCAGAGCCUCUGGUGGGAAAAGUAUAGCCUGAUGGAAGUUUGAACUUCUGUAAGGUAGCGCCACAGACCCUUAGUACUGCGAGUGGGUUUGGUGGCCGAGCCUAGUCUAGAGCUGUCUCCAGUGCAGUUCCCCCACAGGAUACCAACUGAGGGAUUUAGACUGGGAGCUGUGCUGGGGAAAUGUAGGACACUGAGGCCUACCGAGGGGCAGAAACUGCUUUCAGGAGGUAGCUGGGAGUCGGAAGGCGCCCUGGGAGUUUUCCUAGUCCUGUGUUUUGGUGUUAGUUUCACCCAGCUUCGUCAUUAGCUGGAUGCACCCAGAGGCUGGAGAAAGGGCCUGGCUUCCUGGAAGUGACCAUUAAUAAGAGUUUGAGUUUGCUGGGGAGGAAGUCCCCAGCCUGGCCCCCUGCAGGGAUGUCCCAGUGCUGUCAGACCUGACAGUGCUGGGGUGCCCUUUUGUCUAGGUUGGGGAGUGGCUAAAGGGAAAGUGGAAUGUCCCACCUGCUAGCUGCCUUUCUACCCUGCUCCACUGUUAUGACCAAAGGCAGUUUCCAGUUCAGCUCUGCCCUUACCCCAAGUCCAGCCCAGAAAGAAGGACAAACCCCACCCCCACGCCAUCCUUCUUAUGUUGGUCCUGCAGGUCCUGCAUUGUGUCCUAAGUGCCUGUGAGGUCUUCCAGGGACGGCAGAGGGCAGGUGUGGGGCAGGGAGGGGUCUCUUUACCUCACUCGCAAACACCCCAUCCUGGCAGGCCCUGACCCCGGCUGAAGCUGAGCAUUCUCUGUCACCCAGAGAUCCACGUGGGGAGCAGAGCCAGUCUCUAGGUGAGAUAAGCCCUUCUCCCGUCACAGCCCCCAUGAAGAAGAGAGGGAAUCCCCAAUCAUACCCUCUUUCACUCUGUAUAUUAGAGGGAGUGGGAAAUCUGCCAGAAGCAAAGCCCAGGCACAUACUCCAGCCCACGCACACACAGUGCCCGCCCCAGCCUGCCACACUCAGGGCUGCUGAGACCAUUGAGCAAUAACCAGCCUGGUCCAAGUGUCCAGCCACUGGGGUGCAGAGGCCAAGGUGUUGGCACCCUUGGGACAGACAGUGCUCUGGUCUAACUUGAGCCACAGUAGUGGCCUCGGGUCCUUGCUCUGCCCGCCCCUCUGCCUCCCCUCCAGGGUGUGUAACUCAGUGUACCCUGUCACCCCCUUUCACAGCGCGACUGGGUGGGGAGGCCUCUCUGUCUCAGCUACACUCCCUUGAAGGGCCCAGAGGACUGUGGAAAGGAGGGAGAGGGUGCCUUUCUGGAGGUGCCCACCCAAACCCUCAUCUUUACAACCACACUUUUGGGGUGAACGGGGUGACUUUGUUAUGUUGAUUCUUCUACAGAGAUGAAGUGCUUUAGCCACCCACCCCCUAAAAGCCAUAGCGACCCCCAACUGGCCUCCCCCAGCUGUAAAGCAAUAGCCUUCUUCCCUUCCCUCCUGAAUCCAAGGUGUCCAUUUGGGGAAUCCUACCAAACCCCCACCCCAGGGAUCCUCAGGUGACCCCGACCGGCACCUCCCAACUCCUGUCCCUCUUCCAACAGCCAGAGGUAAUGACAGGUCAUUGUCUGUGGGGUGCUUGGAGAUCCCCCAGAUGAAAGGCUCUACGUGCUGGGGCGGCUGACUCAACUCUCUGCCUGGGAAAGGAAAUAAGACAACCAGCCCUUCCCACUCCACUCAGCAAGCUGAGGCAGAUACAGGGUUCAAUUUUAACAGACAUCCCCUUUUCCCAUCCCCCUCCUGGACUAGACACUCCCCUCCAGCCCUCUGCCCUGCUCCAGGUUUGGAACAGAACCCUCAGGGAGGGGAAUGGGACUGGAGACAGUGGCCUGUCCUCAGCUUCUGCCCUCCCCCUCACCCCCCAUCCCCUCCCCUAGCCUGGGGGACCCACCCUGCCAAAGGAAGACCCGCCCCAAAGUAAGCGUGGAAUGCUUAGGUGACAAGAAGGGGAAGGACUGUUUCUUCGUCCCUCUGCUCUGCUGCACAGGUCCCCUGGGGGAGGGGUGUGUUGACAUGAUCAGGGACCCUAGUUGGAGCUCCAGCCACACCCUGAGUGUGGACAGACCCAGGAAGGAGAGUUGCAAGUAGGGACUAGUGGGCAAUACAGUGUGAGGGUCUGUGCCCCUGCCUCCCCAUACCCCACCUGCAGUGGCCUGCAGUUUGGGAAACCAUUCCAGGGUUGUUGGGGGGUAGUCCUUCCCCAUGUAAGCUGCAGAAUGGAGGCCGCCUUUGUGAAGAGGAAGGAGGCCUAGGGGUGUGGAGCACCUCUUCAGUGCAGAGAGAGCCGGGGAUCUCUAAGCACUUGCUCUUGGAGGUGCCAGCCUUGAAUGGGAGACGUGCAGGGCAGAGUGGAGGCAUCCUGCUCCAAAUUCUCUGUUGGCUGUGCUUUUUAAUCCAAUGCU